AAUUUCAAAAACCACAACCUCACACACCAUUUUCAAUUUCCUUCAUAUAACACAUUUUUCUCACCACUGUUUCUCAAACAUCUCAAUGGCCAAUACAAAGAGUGACGAACACAGCAACGUGAGAUCAUCAAUCAUGGAAUGGAAACACCUGCACCCACUUCACCAAAUAGCCGAAACCCCAACCCACAAACUGCUCCUAAAACAAUGGCUCAAGGAAGAAGAACUCAUCAACGGUCGCAUCGCUUUAAAAGAGACCCAAAUAGACUCAAUCCGAAAAGAAAUCACAAUGCUCUACAUCUUCUUCUUCCUCUUCCAUUCCACAACCCUCAUGCUUCUCUUCAACAACUCUUCAUCAUCUUCAACAACAACAGCACCUAACAAAGCAUGUCACAAAUCGUGGGUCCCGUCGCUAUGUUCGUUGCUGUUUUCGCUGGGGUUUAUAUGGGCUUUGAGAUAUAAGAGCGACGUGGAGGGUCAUAUGGAGAAGAUGCUGUGUAGGGAGAAAGAGGAUAGAGGGUUGUUGAGGAAAUGUUCGGAGGAGUUGAAGAAGAAAGGGCUGGAAUUCGAUUUGUUGAAGGAAGUUGAUGCGUUGAGGAGGGCCAAGAGUUUGAGAGUGGAAAAUAAAGAGGUGAGGAAAUGGUCUUCCAGGGAUUUUGUUUCUCUGUUUUUCUUUUCAGUGGCUUGUUUGUCUCUUGCUGUCAUAAGGGUUAUUUUGUGUAGUUAGGGAUUUGAGAUUGGAAAAUGGGUUUUGGGUUGGCAGAAGAUUUUGGGAUCUGUCGAUUAGGUUUUGGUGAUGGUUCAAUGUUGUUGACGGUAGAUGCAGAAUGUACUGUUCUGCUUUUGUUAUUUUUAAUUUUGGUGUAAUUUGAGAAUAUUAAGUGAAGUUCAUGAAAUAAAAAAAUAGUUAAAUAGUUGCUUUGAA